UCGGCGAACAUCUCUGUGUGCCGCAACGCCUGCGAUCGGGAAACAAUACACGUACUAUAUCUGCAUACACACUCGCAUCGGAGUAGACAUGGCUAGGUUGAACGCUCUGGUGCUGCCUCUCUUUCUGUUUAUUAUUGCCUUUGUGGUGCACACAACACUGGCCACCGUUCAGCCAAAGGCCCCCAAUUUCCAGUACUUUGAAAGGCCCAAAUACCGCUAUCCCUACUACGAUGAACAUGGACGCGGAAAACUCCUUUACGGAUAUGGAGGCCCUGAAUUAUAUCAGUACAAGACCUAUACGCCACUGGAGGGUAUUCACUGAGCCCAGAAUAUAAUAUAUAAUGUAAUUCCUAGUUGCAUUGUAGGUCAUAAUUUAUAUGCUCCGCUUUAUUUAUUUCAUGGCUUGGCUUUGACCAAAUGUAUUUAGUCUAUUGCGGUAGUAAACAUAC